AUGCCGAUGCAAUCAGUAGACGAGGCUGCGGCCAUGAUCGAGCAGAUGCUCGAUGCAAUGAUGACAUCAGAGGACUCUUACAAUGUGGCUACAUUGAAAAAGUCCUUCUGCUUCCUCACACACUGCGAGCGUGACGGUGUGGUUUGGCGCGGCGGCUGGCGCUCGGUGAGUGAUCGCCCGAAGCGUGCUCGUCGUGCCAUGGUGCGUUUCCGUUUGAAGGUGGCGCCGCACAUGGCCAACCCCUUCGGCACGAUGCAUGGUGGAUGCACGGCCACCAUUGCCGACACCCUGUCGUCCUUUGCCCUGCUUUUGCACUGCAGCGGUGAGCCCCACGAGCCCUGGACAACGAUGGGCAUGUCGCAGACGCUGAGCGUGCAGUACGCUGCCCCCCUGUCGAUCGGUACGUGGAUCGAGGUGGAAGCCCGCACCAUGUCGGUGGGCCGUGCUGCGGCUCUUCUGCACAUUGACUUUUUCGCGCUCGACAGCCGCGAUGGCAAGCGUGUGACCCACGCCGCCACGGCCACUCAUACCAAGAUUGAUGUGAGCAAGCCUCAUGCGAAGCUUUAA